CGUCGAGUGGUGCUUCACUUCAUCAACGUCAGCCAGGCUCGCCGAGGAAACGCACGCACGCAGAGCACUAGUCCACAGGACAAAAAUGGCCAACAAGGUGAGCUCAGUGUUAUGAUGGAAGGCGACGAUGCCCUAUAGACGGAACUUCUAUGAACCCGCUCCAGACAGGGGUUGCAAGGACAGUAAAUGGACAUGUCUUGACAAGCUCAGGCAUCCUUUUGCUUGUGCGAUCACAGUGUUUACCGCGACCUUGAGACUGCAGGUAAACUCAUCACUUCCACUGACACGGAGGUGACAAGAUCGCAACCCUUCGAUAAGGUACAACGUAGGAGGACUUUAGCGAGAGGGGAGAAGAUAGGCUUUGUGCGGUCACUUUUGCUUGUCGUAUCCGGCAGAUAUCCGGAUACCGUCCGAUUGGCAUCUUUUGAUUCCCACAAAAUCACGAGUGUUCGGCAACCAGCAUGAGUGAAUUCCGCGACACACAGUCCCGCCGCCGUGAGAAUGCGCACUUCGAGCAGAGCGCCAUGAUGAUGGAGGAACCAGAGGGGGGUUUCAGCUUUUCCAACGUCCGUCGCAACGAAUUCAUCUUGAACAACACAACACAAGCAGCGGGGAAUAAGACCAAGAACGCGCCGUUUAAAGUGCAAAAGACUGGGACUACCAUCGUUGGCCUCGUGUACAAGGACGGGAUUGUCCUUGGAGCGGAUACCCGCGCCACGGGCGGAAGUACCGUGAUGGACAAGAACUGCGAGAAGAUCCAUUACAUUGCCCCGAAUAUCUACUGUUGUGGGGCCGGGACUGCCGCGGACACGGAGAACGUGACGCAAAUCAUCUCGUCCGCGUUGGAGCUGCAUCGCUUGAAUACGGACUCUCAAUCCCGCGUCGCGACUGCCAUGACCUUGUUGAAGCAAAAGCUGUUUCAAUACCAAGGCCACUUGAGCGCCGCGCUCGUGCUGGGCGGACUCGACGUGACCGGUCCGUCGCUGUACACGAUUUACCCCCACGGAAGUACCGAUCGUCUCCCGUUCGUGACAAUGGGAAGUGGGAGUUUGGCCGCCAUGGCUAUCUUUGAAGCAGGAUACCAGGACGAUUUGGACGAAGCGUCGGCCAAGAAGCUGGUGCAACAAGCGAUUUUGGCGGGUAUCUUCAACGACUUGGGCAGUGGAAGCAACGUGGACAUCCUCACGAUCAAGCGCGAUGCGGCCGGCCAAGUCAUUGUGGAAAAGGAGUUCAACAUCAUCAAGCCCAACGAAGUGAGCGUCCUCCGCAACCAGAUCAACCGAAACGUCGUCACCAACAUCCCUCGCGGCGCCACGCGUGUUGUGCGCCAACACUUCGAGCCCCUGGUGGUCGUGGAAGACGGCACGCCCAUGGAUCUUUAACUUGCGCCCGCGUAGCUGAAGGGUCGACCAACAACCUCCUCUAAUACAUUGUCCAAGGACGUUGACACUUACCC